AUACUACAAAAAAUGGUUUACUUCACCAAUCUUCGAAGAUCUUCCUCGCUUUCUAACCUUCUCCUAUCAUCUCUAAACCUCCUCCUCCUCUUCCUCUCCUCGGCCUCAUUCGUCCCCAUCUUCCUCUUUAGAACUUCCCCGACCUCUUUCGGCUGGGCCCUCGUCACCGUCUCCGCCACCACGCUCCUCUCUUCGCUCGUCGGCUUUUACUCCCGGCUCACCCACCUUUGUUUCAUCACCCACGUCUCACUCGUGCUCGCUUCGUCGGUCGGGCAGGUGCUCGGCUUCCUCUCGCUCUUUCUCAGGCACGAUUCAAGCCUCGGGCUAUUGGGCUCAGUGAGGAGCCCGAAGGAGCAGUGGGUGUUGCUAGUAGUAGAGGAAAUGUUGUUGCUCGCGAUGUUUGUAAUGCAGUCGGUGGCGCUGAUACUAACUUGUGUGGUGGAGAAGAGGUGGGCGAGAGAGUACGAGGAGGUAGAGGCGGAGAGGGAGGCAGCGGCGAGGAAGAGGAGUUGGAGAAUGACACGGGUGCAGGAGGAGGCGAUGGCAAAUGCCGCAGCGAUGGCGGAGGUGAAGGGGAGGGAGCUGGAUGAGAAGAUGAAAGUAUGGGCAGUGGGUUAAAAACGAGUUUGAAGAGUGUUGAAAAGGAUGAUGCAGUUUGUAUGUUUUUGCUGUAGUGUGGGUUUGAUUUGGUUGGUCAUUAUAGGGUGGCCAUAACAAACUCAGGUUAUAUUAGUCGUACUAUGUGGCUUGGUCGCUGAACCAUAUCAGCUUGUUAUUGAGGUCAAUAAAUUUGUUGUUACACAGCUAUUUGACAACAUACAGCAGCAUUAGAAGUCGAU